GAGCUCUCAUCAGCUCAUCGAAUCAGGAAUCGAGUUAGUUAAAUUUAAAACUGUACCGCCCCGCCGUAGUGUUUAGUUAUUGGGCGAAAAUGACUUGUGUAGUUUGUAAAUAAACGUUUCAAUUACAAUAAGACACCAUCGAUAAAUAGGAUCAGUUUUAUUUUUUACAACAAGCACGCAAUCCGUCUCAUCGUGAUAUAUUACUACGACUAGAUCUUUGAAAGUGAGUUUAAACUUUAAUAUUUUCGGAAGACAAAACUGGUGUUGUCUAUAACUAUUCACUUGCACGGCACCUCCUCACUUCAUAUUUUACGGCACUGAAUUUAUGAUGAUCAGCAGAUACAUACUGUAUAUAUCCAACGCAGGCACGGACAGAAUAACUCAAAUAUGUCACUAAUAACAGAAGAAACCUUUGAUUUUGGAGUGGAUUCACCUUCAGACAGCCUGGAGGUCAGUUUGGAAGAGGAGGAUGAGGUCUUCAUUGGGCCUGUGGCACACAUUGAGAGGUGUGUGGCCAAGAGCAUUGACCUGAACAUUCAGAAGAGCGGGGAGAGCCAGAGGAGGAGGAGGAGGAGAAGCAAACAGGGCCUGUGGAGCUGGAGCCCCCUGAACGCAGAUAAACUGGAGGAGAUCUCCAGGGAGGCCAACCGACUGGCCAUGCAGCUGGAGAAGAGCAGCCUGAAAGAGAACACAGGGCUUGGGGGCAGGAACACACCGUCAGGGGAGGCCAGAGCCAAACUCAGGGUGCUGAAGGACGAACAGGAGCACAGGAAAACCCCCCGGAGCCCAAGACGGGAGACAUACCUGGUGAAAAACAGCCCUGUGAAGUCGCUGCUUCCCUCUGUGGACACAGAGAGUGUGUGUGUCUCCCCGCUGGCAUGGGCACACUGUGAGGAUGUCCACAUGUCCGGCAGCACUGCCCUUGUCCAGCCCAGGCCGUGCAGUAGAGGUGAAUCGCUGGAAAAGCUCAGUAAGAGAACGGCCACUCCCAGCUCCCCGGCAUCUAACAGACUGGCACAGGAUUCCAAGACAGCCGCUGGUAAGACUGCUUGUUCACCAGCUACCAGCAAACUGUCAAAGUGCGAGAAAAUCACACCAAGCAAGUGCCCAUGCUCACCCACACCUGGCAAACUGCAGAGAGACCAUUCUUUGACACCGAGCAAAAGUGCCUCCUCUCCAGCAUCUAGAAAACUGGCAAGCGUCGAUACACCAACACUGAGCAAAAGUGCCUCCUCUCCAGCAUCUAGAAAACUGCCACUAAGCAGGAAUGUGCGCUCACCCACAUCUCAAAAACUGCCAAGGGAGGACAAACCCGUGCCACGCAAGAUGCCAUCCUCCCAGCCGUCUCGCCAAUUGCCAAAAGAGGAGAAAAUGACACGAAGCAAAUCUGUUUGCUCACCAGUAUCCAGCAGAUCACAGAGUGGUAAAAAGACAACCCCAGGGAAGGCAUCCUGCUCACUGACUCAGAGAAAGGAAGAACUUCAGAGUGGCUCCACAGCUAAGCAAAAAGAAAACACUUCUGAAGCCUCUUCCAUCUCCGCCCAUCAGAAUCUGAACUCAUCGCUAACUGGAAAACCUGGGGCCACCCGAAUCACCUUAAACUCAGAGAAAUCAAACACAAUCAGAGAGAGAACAGGCAUCCCUGCGCCGGUCAGCAGGCUGCCAACUCUGAAACCCUCAGCAAAGUCAGGGGGUACAAGCCAUCUGCAGCCCUCCAGCGACAGAGCUCCUUCUGGGAACGGAUUAGCAAGACCGGGGUCCUUGUCACAACCCAAGGGUGGGCUCAAAGCUCCUUCAGCUAGACAGUCUAAUCUUCCUACAUAUGCAAAUCGAAGCAGGCUGCUCCCACCUAAGAAGGCGGCACAAGCAACUGAACGGGUAUACGAGGCAGAUUCAGUGCUUUCUUACAGCCAGAGAAACACUACAGCACUCAGGGUCAGGAACGUACAGAGCAAAGAGCAGAUAGCCAAGCUCACUUUAGAUUUCCCAAACCCAAGACCAGGAGCAGUCUUUGCAUGACAUGCAUGCACAGCAGGUUUGUAACACAGACAGCUUUUAUGUAAUGACAGCACGGUAAUAAACUGAGAGACUGUGCAACACAAAUGGAUUCAUGAACUGCAAUAAAUUACCCACAGCUGUUGACAGCUCCAGUUAGAUGACAAACGUUAAUUGCAUUACCUUAUACUCUAUAUACAGAGAAUUAAUUGUAGUAAAUGUCAUGUUUCUGCAAGGGCAGCUGUGUAAGACAUUAUAGGGAUAUUAAGAAGAAAUGGACAACCGAAGGGCAAUACAUUCUUUCAGCCACUUUGCAUCUCAUUAGCCUGUUAAGAGAUUUAGAAAUGAAAAAGAUUCUGUUCUAUUGAUUACAUUAUUUUUGUCCGUUCCAGUUGAUUUGCCCUUCAGGAUUUAGAGCGUACUUCAAGGCUUACUGGAAAAUCCUGCAAUAUACAGGGUGACAAAGAACUGCAAAAUCCGCUGUGGCCUCUAGAUGUCACUCUUGCUCUAUGUAAUCAUCAUCUGUACAGAUGGCUGCAGCUACACAGUAUGUUGCAAGAUAUUUCAGAUCUACUAACAGUUCAACUACAAUGAAUAGGAUAAGGAAGACUUGUUACUUCACCCUUAAUUCAUCCAACCAUAUGCAGCUCCUGAUAACUAUACAAAGACAUAUUUUCUUUACUUUUAAUGUAGUUUACCUGGAAUUCUGGAAUUUUAAAUAGCCACUUUUGGAUGUUGCCUUACAAGAAUGGCCAGUGGCUUUUUGUUGUCACAUAUAGAGUAGGACUUGGAAAAUGCAACAGAAGUAUAAGAGAGGCAGAGAAAUGACACCCAGCCUGUGAAAUGAGUAACACGUGUAAAUAACCAUACCUGCAAACUCACCCAUUGAUAGACAAAGAAUUUCACAUCUCCUUCCUCUAACAUACAUAAGCGUUGAGAACGUUCAUUUUAAUUGUGUAAAGGUAUGCUUUUCUUUUUGUGUAAUGUUUGUUUUUCUCAUCCAUAACUUUCAUCACUUAUUCAAAAGAUGUAUGGUAGUAAAUAAAAAUAAAACCACUUCAACCUUUAUUCAAGUUUUUAUAGAACGUCAAUGUAUCUUUUUAGUACUUUGUAGUUGUUUGUUACUAUUGCAAAGCCAAUGUAUAACUUUUUGUAAUGGAAAUGUGUUAACCAGUCAUAUGCUGUCCUAAGUAAAUGUUUUAUUUUUUACUAAAUAUGAUUGUAAACAUUGUCUUUCAUAUGCGUACUGUAUACAGGCCUGGGGUCAAUUCCUGUUAUUCAAUUCCAAUUGCUUUUUAAAAUCCAUUCCCAAUUCUAAUUCCCAUUCCCU